CGUGAAGCAGUCAUCCAUCAUGGCCCUGGUAUUGAAAGUGUUUUGCUGGCAUGUAUGUAGCAGCUGUGCACAGUUGAUGAAAGGACAGCAGUUGCUGAAUUCAGGAUGAAUGAGAUGAACCUGAGUCCUGUGGGCAUGGACCAGCUCGGUGUGCCCCCGGUCAGUGCCAGUCACCUGGGUCUGCCCACUUCUCCCACACACAAUCCCAUUCCCACUCCAGGCAUGCCAGUGGCCAUCCCCAGUUUGGGUCCUUCCCUUGGCUCCCUGCCUUCUGCCCUGUCUCUGAUGCUGCCCAUGGGUCCGCUGAGUGACAGAGGGGUGAUGUGCGGCCUGCCUGAGAGGAAUUAUUCCCUGCCGCCUCCCCCGUACCCUCACCUGGAGAGCAGUUACUUCAGACACAUUCUGCCAGGUAUUUUGUCCUACCUGGCAGACCGUCCACCUCCGCAGUACAUUCAUCCCAGCAGCCUCAACCUGGACGGGACCCUUUCUGUGGCCAGCAACAAUCCCUCCGGUCUGGACCCUUACAGUGGACCUGGGGGCCCCCUGGAGCAGGGACUGGUGCCCAUGGACUCAAGACAGGUCAGUGGGCAGGGGGACCUCCACCAGACUGGCCCUCAUGAGCUGGACUCUACAGGGUUAUCUAUGGAGUCUCGUGUCAGCAGUCCUCUGUCCCCCGACCGGAUGGGGGAGGAGCUGGCGAGCAUGGAUGGAGUCGGAGUGGUGGCGGUGUCUGAUGCCCAGCAGCAGCUAGGAGGGGGGAGGCAGCCUCACGAAGGCCUGACAGGCGUGGACUCUUCUGGCAGGGUGAUGCCCCUCCACGGACCCCCAGUGCUGGAACUACCAGUGGUUAUAGAACCGAAUCAUAUGGGGGGUAGAGUGGGGAGCUCGGGGGGAGGUGGGGCGGGGGGCCUUGGCGAGCAGCUCCACACUAACGGGGAGAUGAACACGGGCGUCGUGAGCGUGGUGCUCACCAGCUCCAUGGCCAACCAGAACCAGCUGGAGCCGGUGUCUCUCCACGGACACUCGGGGCUGGGGCUGGAGGCUGUGAAUGUGUCCCCCAUCACUGCAGAGGUGUCGCUGGGCUCAGACAACAACCUGGUGCUGGUCAACUCCACCCUGCAGCUGGAGGACUCUGCUCCAAAUAAGGAGAACAUGGUCGCCGCCUUCGCCGUCUGGUGCACAUUAUGCGAGCGCUCGUACACCUCAGACUGUCCGGAACAUGGCCCGGUCACGUUUGUCCCGGAUGCACCGAUCCAAAGCAGGGCUCGCCUGUCUCUGCCCCGUCCUCUGUGCCUUCGCAUCUCAGUGGCCGACGAACCGCUCGGAAUCUUUGCGCGGGAUGUCAUUCCUCCGAGGACCUGCUUUGGACCGGUGGUGGGUCAACACUGUAGCAACGUGGAUCUCUCUGAUUGGCCAGAGAAGGAAACGCCUCAGACAUGGAAGAUGUAUCACAACAACGUUCUGGAGUUCUACAUCGUGACCGCAGAUGAGAACGAAUGCAACUGGAUGAUGUUCGUCCGUAAGGCGAGGACCCAUGAGGAGCAGAAUCUGGUGGCAUAUCCUGCCAACGGAAAGAUCUUCUUCUGCACAACUACAGAGAUCCAUCCGGACCAGGAGCUGCUGUUCUAUUACAGCCGAGACUACAGCAGACUGAUGGGUGUUCCUCAGGUGCCUGAAGGUCAGAUCUGUCAGUGCGGUAAAGAGUGCUCGUCCUUCUCCGAGCUGAAGUCUCACCUGAGCAGCCACAACCAGCCGGGGCACGACCACAGCCCGCCGCAGCAGGACCACUCUCAGCAACAAGCAGCACGUCAGCAGCAGACGGAGCAGCAGCCUCGGCACGUUCACCAGGAGGAGAAGCUCUCCAACGGAACCUCCAGCUCCUCCUCCUCUCCGUGGCCUUGCAACAGUCAUCCCGCGGGACAACCAAACAACAACAGGAGCAGAAACUCCAGCAGUGUCCCGCCCAGAGCAAAAGGCCGGGGUAACGUCCGGGAGAAGAAACAUCAGUGCAGCAUGUGUUCCCGGGCUUUCAUCACGUCCUCGAAGCUCAACGUGCACUUCAUGGGUCACGUCGGGAUGAAACCUCACAAAUGUGAAUACUGCAGCAAGGCCUUCAGCGACCCCAGCAACCUGAGGAUGCACCUGAAGAUCCACACCGGUCAGAAAAACUACAAAUGCACGGUCUGUGAGAAGUUGUUCACUCAGAAAUCUCACGUGGCUUCUCACAUGUUGAUCCACACGGAAGCGGAGAAGCUGAAGUGUGACCUCUGCGAGCGAACGUUCAUCAGAAAAUAUGACCUGAAGCAGCACAUGCUCUCUCACACACACGAGAGUCGGAUUCAGUGCCCGAAGUGCAACAAACGCUUCCUGAAAACCAACCACCUGAAGAAACACAUGAACUCCCACGAGGGCAAACGAGACUUCGUCUGUGAGAAGUGCCACAAAGCUUUCCUCACCAAGUACCACCUCACGCGCCACCUCAAGAUCUGCAAGGGGCCGAAGACGAAGAGAACGAGUCGUAAAGAGCAGAACGUCGAGGAGGAGGAAGACGAGGAUGAAGAGGAGGAGGAGGAGGAGGGGGAGGAAAGCAGAGAGGGAGGAAGAGGUGAGGAAAGACUUAUAGAUGCAGCCAACGAUGAAGACUGUGGUUUAGAUGUUGAUUAUAACUCAGAUAAGUCCCUAUCACCUUCUCAGAGAUGACGCUGUGCCUCUAUUUAUUUACUUUAAAAAUAUUUACCUCUUACAUCCGCUUUAACAAAACAUUUAUAAAAACUCCAAUUUGUUUGAGUUAUUAAAAAUGAAUUUUUUCUCAUAAAUCUGGUGCUGCUAAAAUCUUUUGAUUUAGAGAACUCUUUUUAAACGAUUGUACAAGUUUUUAUUCAGUUAG